CCGCCGGGAAUUUGAUUCUUCUCCCCUAAAUACUCACGCUACCUUCCACCUCCCCCUACUUCUCUCCCUCAUCUUCUUCGCUACCAGCCAGACAGGCAGCUCACGUGUGCAGGCAGCGGCCAAGAUGAUGGCGGAGGCGUGGACGCCGGUGCCGUUCCCGCCGACGGCGCCCUGCUUCUGGCUGCACGACACGCACUCGGUUUUCUGGCGGGGAGGAGACGCGUGGACGGCGGCGGAGAACAAACUGUUCGAGAAGGCGCUGGCGCAGAUCGACCGUAACGCGCCCGACAGGUGGGAGAAGGUGGCGGAGGUGGUGCGCACGAAGACGGUCGACGACGUGAGGAACCACUACCACGACCUGGAGAACGACGUCGGCUUCAUCGAGGCCGGGCUCGUGCCGUUCCCGCACUACAGCGGCUCGGUUCCGUCGUUCGGGUUCACCCACGAGGAUUGGGACGGAGGGUUCAGGCGCGGCUACUGCCUUAAGCGCGCGCGCGGCUCCGACCCGGAGCGGAAGAAGGGCGUCCCCUGGACGGAGGAGGAGCACAAGCUUUUCUUGAUGGGACUGAAGAAGUACGGGAGAGGGGACUGGAGGAACAUCUCGCGCAAGUACGUGACGACCCGGACGCCGACGCAGGUGGCCAGCCACGCGCAGAAGUACUUCAUCCGCCUCAACUCCGGCGGCAAGGACAAGCGCCGGUCCAGCAUCCACGACAUCACCACCGUCAACCUCCCCGACGAAGACCGCGGCAACGCGCCGCCGUCCGCGGUCACCACCACCACCAACCCCUCCGUCGCCCUCGUGGACAUGAAGCCCUUCGUUGCGCCGUCGCUCGGCGUGCCGCACCCCUACGGCGACGUGAAGCUGGAGCCUAAGAGCUCGCUGGUGGCCGGCCUGGGCUUCAACGACUCCGUCCUCCUGAUGCACUGCGGACAGUUGUAACGGGCUGUUCUUGCGGCGAGAACCGCUCCCGUCGCAACGUACGCCACCAACCACCACCUCAUCUAUCCCCGGGCGGGCAUCAGGGCCGGCGGCACAAGUCGCACGUCGUCGUGCUAGGCUUGGAUGCAGAGUUGCUUCAGGUGUACUCCUACCGAUCAGAUGGCUGGCACGUCCCGCCGCGUGUGACGAGGAUGAAGAGUGGAACAGUCUCGUCGUCCAGCUGCCAGCUCGCGGCAGCUCCGAGUGGCUGUGUUGUGUUCAUCGAGAACAAGAGGCCAUGGCCCAUGGGCGUACGCGUGCCGUUCCAGCGUCCAUUUCGGUUCAGUGUACAAAAUUCGACAAGUACAGAGUCCAACAACUUCCACGGUACCGAACAAUAAAGCAUUCGAUAAAAAGCCUCUUCCAGCGUCACCGGCGGCUUGGAUUAGGAUCCAGGAUCAGAAGAUUUCUGUACCGGCUUAAUUGUUAAUGUAUUUUUGGUGUGUGCAACAUCUCCCACCAGAUGGUGUUAACACUUGUAGUGUGUGAUGCUUGUAGUGGGGUCUCGCAAGGUUUUUGUCCGCCAUUGUUGCUUUGCCAGUUACUAGCUAGUAGAAGUUUAGACAUGAUGUUCUAUUAAAAAAAUGAAAGCUUAGAUGUGCU